UGGACACAGCGGAUCACGGAAAGAGCCGAAGAUGUCGGCGCGGUCAUGUGAUCAGCUGUGUCCAAUCACAGCUGAUCACAUGGCAGUGAUGAUCAGUGUGGCCCCAUCAGUGCCACGUGCCAGUGCCCAUCAGUGCCAUAUCAAUGCCACAUAUCAGUGCACAUCAAUGCCUCAUCUCAGUGCCCACCUGAGCUGCCUUUCAAUGUCACCCAUCAGUGCCGCCUUUCAGUGCCUAUCAGUGAUGCCUGUCAAUGCCCAUCAGUGCAACCUACCACUGCCUCCUCAUCAGUGCCACCUAUAAAGUGUCUAUCAGUGCCCAUCAGUGCAACCUACCACUGCCUCCUCAUCAGUGCCAAUCAGUG